AUGUCUUCUUUCCAGAUCUUCGAAGGCGCUUCCGCCGACCAGGCCUUCGAUGUUAUCAACAUGAAGAAGUGCAAGAAGACUGCCGACAUCACCGUCAAUGACACCGCUCUUGACAUCAUCUGCUCCACCACCACCAAGGCCAACGUCCUUGAUCAGCCAUGGGCUUUCGCGAUCUUGUUCGGCAAGCCCGUCGAGGCUGGUUAUGACGAGCCUCGCGCCGCGCUCGAGGAGCAUCCACUUCUACACAUGACCGACAUCGAUGAAUGUGUAGUGGUUAGCAUGAAGUACGGCGGCGUUGAGUACUCGAGCUUGGAGCUUGUCGGCAGUGAAGACACCGCUGUCCAGGAGCGGUCCUCACAGCCCUCUAACCAUGCCUCUCCUUUCCCCACCACGGGUGUACCUCCUCGUAUCUCAACGUCCAAGUCCUCAGGCCACGGAUCUGGAAUCGCCCCUAAGGCCAUGGAUGCUCGAUCUCGCCUUCGCCUCAAGUACGAGAAGCAGUUGCAAGAGAAGAACCUCGCCCUGUGGCUCGCUCUGCAGAAGAGGCACAAGUCCAUCGCCGCCCGCAAGCCACGAGGCACCUACAAGACCACCCAGGAAGACUACUGGCUCGAUGUGUUCAUGCAAGUGUUCCCCGACAUGCCGGACGUCGAGCGCGCUGCUCGCUUGAAAGUCUUGGAGGGCUUGGGAGAUAUUGAUGACAAUGGCUGGGAGGCUAAGUGGCGGUCGUUUGCGUCUGUGCAGGCGUACAAGCCGGCUGAGGCUGUGAUUGAUGCAGGGGUUUGGGGUCCGAUCUUCUCCCACUUGUCGAAGGAGUUUGAAGAGUUCAUGCACAAGCCAGUCGCGGAUGAGCAGCUUGCAAAGCCAACUCCGGUUUACCCAUCAGGGCCUUUCACUGCGACUGGCCCUGCCUUCGGCAACAAGAACCCUUCUGCCCUGCAGGACUUCGUUAGCCCACUUACGGCCGACCAGCACGCAAAGCCGUCUCGAAUUUACCCACCAACCCCGUUCACUAUGACGAGCCCUCCUUUCGCUAGUCAGGCACUUUCUGCGUUGAAGGGCUUCGACAAGCCAAAGUUCGGGUUCUUGACCAACAAGGAAUCCACGACGACUCUCUCCUCAGCACUUUCUGCUCGAACGGAGACAUCAUCACCGCUUACCUCGGUCUUGCAGCAGCCACUGCCUCUGUUCUCUGUCCCCUCACUCUUCAGUAAUAUUGGCGCCACUACCGUUUCGGCAAAUAGACUUGAUGUUGGCAAGACGCCGAACAAGACUUUGCCAUUGGGCCUCCAGAAGCCAUGGAAAGGUCUGAGCGUGUCCGCUGAACUAAAGAGCGACAGUCCCUUCGUCUUCGAUACCAGCAAACUUUCCGGCACCAUCUUCUCCCCUCAAGCUGCUGCCACCACCAAGCCGUUUGUGUUUGGCGCGAGUUCUAAAGCUGUCGUCAUAUCAGAGACGGAUCAUACGACGGAUCAUACGACGGACUAUGAGAACGAGGUCGAUUCCUCUGAGGUUGACAACGGCAUCUCAGCGGCCUUCCUCGAAGACGCUGUCUUCGGGACUUAUGAUAUUGACUCGGAUGAUGAAUUUGAAGAUGUUUGGCCGGUCGACAACACAGAGGUUGAACAGCUCCUUUCCGAUGAUCACGGAUUCGCACUCGAAGAGACGUCUAUCGAGGAGCUACAACUCGCACCCUACACCGUGGGCGAGUAUCUUACUGACAACAUCUACCUCAUUUUCGGUCGCCCAUUCGAGUGCAGCCGUGAGAUGGCCUUAGAGAAGUACGCCGGGCUCAACGCGCACUAUGGGGUUGGCUUAUCUUCACCCUGCCCACCCACUUGGACUCGCCCUUCUUCGAUCCUGAAGUGGAGCGAAGUCGUUGAGAAUUUCGAGACUGACUUUGUUGAGCUCACGAUGCCGGGCGCAUCGCAGUCUGAGAAGUACAAUAGGGUUGCCUUCUUGAUGAACGAGCUCAAGGUGUCGAUGGGUGAGGCCUGGGAUACGAUGGAUGAUGUUGAGCCACUUCCUGCUCGCGUCAAAUUCACCACCAGCCAAGAUGGUGACAAGUUCGAAGACGACGCCAUGUAUGCGUACGUCAACGGAUACGACUCCCUCGCUCAGCGAGAGUAUGAUGCGUCACGAUCUGAUACUGCCAUCACUGAUGAGCAUUAUGCUCGGUACGAGCUUGCUUCGCUCCCGUCCUCGCCGAUUGAAGUCACUAUCGGUCAAGCUGGCGACAAAUUCGAAGACGACGCCAUUUAUGGCACCGCGGAUGGCUAUGACCUCCUGGCUCAGCGCGAGAACGAUACACCACGUACAGAGAGCGUGGUCACCCACGAGCAAUUUGCCCGCACCAGUCCUCCUCCAAAGCAGCUGGAAGUUACCAUCAGCCAAGCUGGUGAAAAGUUCGAAGAUGAUGUCAUAUAUGGCGGCGCCAGCGCCUAUGAGCUUCUCGCACAGCGCGAAUACUACUCCACCGAUGGAGAAGAUGAGUCGGAUGGAGAUGAUACCAGCCCGCCCUCGUCGACCGAUUCGCUCGCCCUCUCGCCUGAGCGUCCUCUCAGCCCUGAUGACGGCGCAUACACUAUGGACGAUCUCAUCGAUGGCCAAUCCCACACUACACACCAUUGUCUGGAAGCCUUUGAGCUUGACUGCCCAGAGCAGACAUGCACUUACCGCAUCGCCGCACCACAGUUGGAUGCUUCAGGAGACGACCAGGAGUCUCAGUUGCCGAAGGUCACAGAAUCCCACCCCUUUGGCACUCCGGGUCCUUUGGCGUUCGAUUUCGAUGUCAAUGUGGAGACUGAGGUGGUCGCUCAAGGUUCUUCCGAUGUCGAGCACGACACGUUGGUAGUGUUUGACGAAGACAGCUCAGCGUCUGACAACGAGACUGUAGUUGCAUCGGAUGACGAGGACUUUUGCUACGCGAAGAUUGCUACAAAGGCAGUGCCAUCUUCACCGAGCACACAUAAUCUCAGCGAUGGUCAUAGCGUGCUCAAUCUUGAGCCUUCCAAAGACAUGCGAGACUGGGCGGAGACCUUUUGCGACCAGGCUUUUGCUGCACCCUUGGUUCCCCAGCUGCCCGUCUUGCAGCUCGAGAAGACAGCGUUUUUGAGCCUCUUCGAUCCCAACAUGCUUUUCGAGACUUCAGACAAUCCAGAGGAUCUUGACUAUGUCCUCCCCGAAUUCAGUACUUUCUUCACUCCAUUGUCGCCGAAGAUCCGCACUGACCAGCCACUGUUGAUUCCAGACCUACCCAUCGAUAAGGACAAGCUCAUAUCGGACUUGACCGCCCUCGUCGCCGAAAUCGAGCACAACCACAAGCCAUCAGCUGUACCCGCCUUCCUUGUCACCCCUCCGGAGCCUGAGCGCAGUGCUGCAUACUACAGGCGAAUCAACGAGGCCUGGGCGCCGACCCCACGAUUCACUCGUGAGGACUACAAGCUGCGUUUCAGCGAGCGCUAG